GAAUUCUACCUUCAAGCGCAUUAGAACCAAAUACAAAAAUCACUUGCUGGUGAACAGUUAUUAAAUAAAUUAUUAGCUCACCUGCUUCGACGUGUUUUGUUUCACUACUUGCCAAUUUCACAUUUUUUGUUGUUUUGUUUUUGUUUUUGUUUUGUUUCAGUGGUGUCGAGGUGCGCAAGCUGAUUAGCGAACCACAGUAAAUAAAUCAGAAGAAACAACUCGAAAAAAAUGUGUGCCUGUCCCGCCGACCACCAAAUGUCAGGCGUCAUGUCCUCCGGCAGGAUAUUGCCCCGUCGUCAGGCGAUACCAGUUCUUUACACCCGUGGCACUCACUACGAGGUCGGUUUCGAUAUGGGUCGCACUUUUGGCUCAAUGAUCAAGAACUUUCUGAUCUUAUCUCAGCCACUGAACGAGACCUACUUGCCGCUGUAUAGCACCGCAAAAGGCAGGCAAAUCUAUAAUGAGACACUGGAAUCUGUGAAAGGCAGCUUCCCGCAGUACAUACGGGAACUGGAGGGCGUCGCCGAUGGUGCCGAGGUGGAGUUCCACAAGUUGUUUUUACUGCACUUGGACGAGAUCUUGCCACAGGCCGUGAAGCAUCAGCCACGCAGCAAGAAUCAACCCACCGGCUGCUCCUCAAUCAUUGUCAAUCAGAAGCAUUGUCGUCUGCUGGGCCACACAGAGGAUGCUCUCACGGAGACGCUGAAUCAUUACUACUUUGUGGUGGCGCACAUUAUUAGUGACAAGCCGCAGGGCAAGUAUAAUGUGAAGGAAGAGCAUUUUAUGUCCCUAUGCUAUGCUGGACACCUGCCUGGCUACACAAUGAGCCACAAUCAUCAUGGUCUAGUCUUUAGCAUCAAUACUAUUAGUGCCGAGCUGCUGCGCAGCGGUAAAACACCUCGUCAUUUCCUGACACGGGCCCUGCUUGCCACAAGUAAUGUGGAUGAUGCCUUUAGGGUGCUCACAGAUGCCGGCGUUGGUGCCGCCGAUGCCUGUUCCAUUAACUUCUCCUUUCUGGCCGAUCCACGGCAAAUGUUUUACAAUGUGGAAAUGGCUCCAAAUCCGGACAGAAAGAAUGAAUCGCAUCUGAGCAUCAAGGAGGUGCCGUUGGGCGCUCAUAAUUACCAUGUCAAUCAAUUUGAGCGCAUUCACUUGGAUCAGGCCAAUGAUCUGAUGAUCGAGUCCAGCGUGUCGCGCAUGCGCGCCUUUGCCACCUACAAGCCGCCAGUCAGCGAGCAUGAUGUGUGCAAUAUGCUGGGUGACGUCACUGGCGGAUGCUUCUGCGUGUGGCGCGAUAAUGGCAGAUGUGAUGAGGUGGUCAAAACAAUUGCUGUUGGCCUCUUCGAUUUGAAUGCCAAAACCUUUUCACUCUACUCGGACAAUCCCAGUCUGACGAAGCCACACUGCACAUUGCCCCUGCUUUAUAAAUAGCUGAUGAAAACAAAAUAUAUUUAAAUAUCGCGUGUACUUAUCCAUUAUCGAAAUGUGAAGGAAUGUUUAUUUGUGUUUCUAAUUAAAAUAUCAACAAUUUUGGGUGCUCAGUUAUUGUCUUAUUGAACAUUUCUAUAAAUGUACUUUUUUUUUAUUAUUUGAGUUUUAAGUUGAAAAUCGAUUUAAGUGCUGAUAAUUGUAUAUGUUCGAAUGCAAAGAUUAUAUUGGUUUCUAAACAAAUUCAUGAAACGCAACCAA